AUUGUCAUUGCUGUUUAAGUUUUGAUAUUAUAUCGUGUCAAUAAAGUAUUUAAAAAAAAAAUAGAAUAAUCAAGUGGAAAAUCUACGAAUGAGUAUUCUUCUGAUCAUCAACUUUAAUGUUAAUUAAAAAAAGUGUGCGGAUAAAGUGAUAAAGUAUUACAAGGAAAAGUAAUAAUAGAUAUUGAUGAAUGUCUGAGAGUGAUUACGAUUCAGUAGACGAGUACACGAGCCUGAUGGAUGGUCACGUUGCUGAGUCUCGUUCAGAUGACCUAAGUUUGGUCAAUGAACGAAGAAAAAGACGGUCAAGAGUUGAAAAUGAAGAGUUAGGAAAUGGGCUUCCCGAAGUUCACGUAGAAGCAGGUGGUGCAUCGAACAUAAAUAGUUCUGGUAGAAGUGCAUCGGGUUCUGGUAAUCAACAAAGACAAAGACAUUACAGGGAUGAAGAGGAAGAAGAAUUAAAAUAUGGAGCAGCACACGUCAUUAAAUUAUUCGUACCUGUUUCUCUUUGUAUGCUUGUUGUAGUUGCUACUAUCAGUUCGGUUAAUUUCUACACGACUAAAGGAAUCUACCUAGUUUAUACUCCAUUUCACGAAGAUAGUGCAGAUACAAGUACAAAAGCUUGGCAGGCGUUUGCAAAUUCUUUAAUACUCAUAAGUAUCAUAGUCUGUAUGACCGUGAUACUUAUUAUUUUGUACAAGUAUAAAUUUUACAAAGCCAUACACGUAUGGUUAAUUAUAAGUUCGUUAUUAUUGCUAUCCAUGUUCUCUGUGCUUUAUUGCGAGCAAGUUUUGAAAGCAUAUAAUAUUCCAAUGGAUCUAUUCACAUUGGGAAUAGGUUUAUGGAAUUUUGGUAUGGUCGGAAUGAUAUGCAUUCAUUGGCAAGGUCCAUUACAACUUCAACAAGCUUAUCUUAUUUUCAUUUCCGCUUUGAUGGCUCUCGUUUUUAUUAAAUAUCUACCCGAGUGGACUGCAUGGGCAGUUCUAGCUGUUAUCAGUAUUUGGGAUUUGAUAGCAGUAUUGUCACCUAAGGGUCCAUUAAGAAUUUUGGUUGAGACGGCACAAGAAAGGAACGAAUCAAUUUUCCCUGCACUCAUAUAUUCAUCGACAAUUUUGUAUACGUUUGUUCACACCGUGACUUAUGCUGGAUACGUGCAGGCAGCAACUAUGGCCAGUGGAGAUGCGACAGGCAGAGAUACGGCAGUCUCCUUCACUCGUACUGGAACGGAUAAUCAAAAUAAUCCUGCAUCAGGAGAUGCAGAAGAAGGUGGUUUCACACUCGAAUGGAUAGAAACGCAUGGCGACCGUAGUGCUAGACGUGCGCAAGAAGUACUUGAAAAUUCAAUUGCAUUAACUGAUGAAGCUAGACAACGUCAAAAUCGUUCUACCGAGACACAACCAGUUCAACAAAUUGCAGUUACUGAAGAAGAACGAGGUGUUAAACUAGGACUUGGUGAUUUUAUAUUUUACAGCGUACUAGUUGGAAAAGCAUCGAGUUAUGGUGAUUGGAAUACAACUUUGGCAUGUUUCGUCGCUAUACUCAUAGGUCUCUGUUUGACGCUGUUACUUUUGGCAAUAUUCAAGAAAGCAUUACCUGCAUUACCAAUUUCCAUUUCAUUUGGUUUAACGUUCUAUUUUGCUACAAGGGUUAUUGUUGCACCAUUCGCUGAUAGUUUAGCAAGUGAACAAGUCUUCAUUUAAUUCUAUAUCUUGAUAAGUAUAAUACUUUUCUUUUCAUUUUUAUUCUAAUUUAUUACUAUAAAUAAUAGUAGUCGUGUCACAUUUUUUUCUUAUUUUCUUUUUUAUUUAUUUUCUUUUAAUUCUAAUGUUUGAUCUUAUCACCUUUUUCGCAUUUCUUUAAAGUAUGUGUAAAAUUCUCAAAAUUGUACAAAAAGGUAAGGGAUAUAUACAUACAUUUGUAUAUCA